AUGGCUCAAGAAGACACCACAAGCAUCAGCACAAGCAGCACCAGUGCCAGCACCUCCAGCGUGCCUGUACCUGCGCCUGCGCCUGUGCCUGUACCAGUUGUGCCUGAUGUCAACGACGUCGCCGCUCCUAGUACGGAUCCCUCGACAACCUCUACUAAUUCCAUCCUUCCCCCGACUACUUCGACCUCUCCUCCUCUUCCUGUCGCUUCUGCUCCCGCUCCCGCUCCCCUCUCCACGACACCGACCUUGACCUCCAUCGAGACGCCGACUCCCUCAGCCGAGACCCCGUCCGUCGCGACUGCGAACGCGUCCGUACCUGCCACUGCUGCGGCACCUGCGACUGGUCCCUCCAUCACGAACGGUACUGCGACUGCGACUGAGCCUACGCCUACGCCUACGCCUGCUGUGGCAGUUCCUGCGCCUCUCCCUCAUCAGCAGAACGGUCAGCCGAACGGCGACGCGAGGGCGUCACACUCGCCUGGCAUGGCGCAUAACCAGCACCCUCAUGGCUCCCAGAGAGGCUACCCGAGCCCCAGUGCCUUUCCCUCACCUGGUCCUAUGCCGCCGAAUCAAUAUGCCUACCAUCCUCAGCAGAACCAAGCUCCGGCCGACCCAUAUCGAGCCAGUCCUGGCGCGCCGAUUCCCUCUCUACCGAGCAUGAAGAGCCUGGAACACCACUACCAACAAAGUGCGCCGCAGCCUCCUCAGGCGAUGCCGAUGCAGAUGCAGAUGGCGCCCAAUCAGGGCAUGCAAUACUACCUCCCGCCGGGAGUACAGAGCAAUCCAUAUAUGACGCAGGAUCUGAAUCACUUGAGAUAUCAAAUCCCCCACGGACACGAUCCUAGGUUGAUGCGCGGUCCCGGUGGCCCGAAGAAGGAGAUCAAGCGCCGGACAAAGACAGGUUGCCUGACUUGUCGUAAACGUCGUAUCAAGUGUGACGAGGCUCACCCGUCCUGCAACAACUGUAAGAAGUCGAAGCGAGAGUGUUUGGGGUACGACCCCAUCUUCAAGCAGCAGCCGGGGCCUUCCGUUAUCCAGCCCGCUCCGAACGCCCAACGGGUGCCGACGCCGACCAUCCCACCAGUGCCAUCAUCCGUCCCGCCUCCGGUCCCAACCGUACCUUCAACUCCUGUCGCGCCUCAGGUGCCCGUGCCGGUAGCUCCAUCAAACCCUUACGGGAACCAGCCUGCCGUCUUGCCUAGCUCGUACAAUCCUCCCGUCGCAUCUUCGCACGCCCCUCUCGAUCCAGCCUUGAAUUCUGCUGCAUCCGGCAUCAAACCCGAGCCCACCUACGACUUUGCAGCACCGAUAGAUCCAGCUCUGCAGAACCUACCCGCCCCGGCGACAUUACACUCUACUCAGACUCAGUCGUUCUCGGGCGAGCAAAGGGCAGGCUUCGACAACCAUCUCAGAGCCACCAGAAUGAAGGUCGAUGACCUUAUCGGCCUCCUGGGCCCCGCUGCUCCCACCCAGGAGAUUGCCCUCACGCCGGAGCUACUCACCGAGAUCAUCAAUGUCUAUCGCGAGGUCUACGCCGUCGGUCUCCAGUCCUUCUUCGAGGCCAACUAUUUCCAGAAGCAGGAUGCCCAGGGAAAGUUUGCUUUUGAGCACAGCCAACAACUCCUGCGCCAGUUUGCCUCGUUCCUCAAGAUCGUUCAGUCUGUUCCUGCCAACGACCAUACCCAGAUGACCCAUUCCGGAGUUCUCGAGACCCGGUUGAUCUGGGCCCUGGCCAUCUUGCCAUGCAACAGCGCACCCCCUUCGUCCAACGCUGAUGCCAAGGUUCUGCCACCUCCGGAUGACCUGACGGAAGCGGCCAACCGAGUCAAGGUCAUGGAGACUCUCCUUUGUGGCGAUUUCUUGUCCUCAAAUCCUCUCGCACCUCCCGUUCCUGACACGCAGCCUCACCGCGAACAGGAGUUUGAGUUCUGGUAUAAUCUCGCGCAGUACCUGUGUUGUUACGACCCAGCAAAGCGUGAUGAGGUACUCGGCAAGCUCCGAAUGCAGCUUGGUGGUAGAGAAAACCGAGAUCUCAUCUACUCUAUUGCUAUCUCACGAGAGCUCUCCCCUCGUGUUGAGGUUGGUUUUGAGCGGAAUGUGCCUCAGCAUAUGGAUGAGUCCGACCCUAAGAACCGACUCUUCGUGGCAAACAAGUUCAUUCAGGAUGAAGCACAAGUUACUGGAGGUACAACAAAUGUCGUGAGGCGGUUCGGCGAGAUUGCCAUCAGAGCGUAUAUCAGUCCCGGUGUCAACAUUGCGGCACACCCCCACCAGGCUGCUCCAGCACAGCCUUGA